AUGUGGUCAGCCUACUUGCUUAGCUCCACUGUUCUCGUCGGGUCUGCCUGCGCUCAACACUAUCCCGUUGCUCGUCAAGCCUCUACGACUUCCUCAUCCGUUGCUCCUCCGACAUCGACAUGCCCGAACGUUCCUCCUCUUCAGACCUCUUGGCAAUACGUUGCACCUCCGCGUAACGCAAAGCUUGACUUUGGUCCUCCCAAUGUCCCACAGGGCAAGGCUUCCAACGGCCAACCGAAGCCUGGUGGACCAAAGGGACCUAAAAAGAUCAAGAACUUUAUAUUAACGAUCCCCGAUGGCUUUGGUCCCGCUUCGGAGGUAUUUGCUCGUGACUUUGUGCAAUGGAACAAUAGUGCGACAGGCUGGAACCGCCAGCUUGGUUCCGAUACUAUUCAAAUCGGAUCCAUUCGUACCCGUUCCUCCGAUUCGUACGUUACCGAUUCGGCAGCCUCUGCUACUGCCUACUCUUGCGCCAUUAAAACCUAUAACGGUGCAAUCGGCAUCGACGAGGAUGGAAACCCGUGUGGAACGGUGCUCGAGGCCGCAAAGCGUGCUGGGCUAAAGACCGGGCUCGUCGUCACAAGCCGCAUUACCCAUGCCACCCCCGCUAGCUUUGCCUCGCACAUCUACGACCGUGACCAAGAGGACAUUAUUGCGGAGCAACUCAUUGGAGACCAGCCUUUGGGGCCGGUGGUUGAUUUGAUGCUUGGGGGUGGACUUGCGUUCUUCUGGCCCAACACUACCACUGGUUCCUCUCGCAAAGAUUCACGUGAUCUUAUUGCCGAGGCGAAGAAGGCAGGUUACAAUGCUUUCACUAACCGCGCUGGUUUCGAUGCGCUUGGGGGCGGAAAGUCUGCUAAACUUCCUUACUUGGGAUUAUUCACCCCUGGUCACAUGUCUUACGAGGUUGACCGUGAUCCUAAAGUUGAGCCCAGCUUGCUUGACAUGACCAAGACAGCCCUGGAGACGCUUAAGCGUGCUACGAAAGAUAGCAAGAAGGGUUACUUCAUCAUGGUUGAAGCUUCCCGUAUCGACCAUGCUGGUCACUCCAAUGAUCUUAUUGGCCAUUUGCAUGAGAUUAUCAUGUACAACGAAGUCGUCGACUACCUCAAGAAAUGGGUCGACAGCAAUGAUGACACUGUCCUUAUUGGUACUGCCGAUCAUGAAUGUGCUGGCCUUACUGUCGGAGGGAUUGUGACCACUGGGGAAUACCAGUACAACCCUGUCCCGCUGGCUGGCGCUUCACACUCGUCGAGCUAUCUUGCCUCGCAAUGGGCCAAGUACAACGGAUCCGACCCUGAUGGCUAUCUCCAAGAUUUGUUCAAGCAAUAUGGUAUCAAUGAUGCCAACUCGACCGAAAUUGCUGUCGCCAUGGCCCACAAGUCGAGUGCCUCAUUCAACGAUAUUCAUUUCGGCCAGUCCUUGACUCGUCGCGCCAUGGUCAAAUGGGCCACGCUCGGCCACACCGCAGUCGAUGUCAAUCUGAUUGGAUAUGGCCCCAACUCGGAACGCAUGGCUGGAAACAGGGAUAACACAGAGGUUGGACAAUUCAUUACUGACCAGCUCGAACUCGACUUGCCUACUAUCACGAAGCAACUGAACGACAAGAAGAAUGAGAAUUGGUUGGUCAACAAGGUUGGGAGAGACAAGGUCGAAAAUGGAGUUAAAACGGGUGUAAAGCGACGUGCUUUGGGUCACCAACACAACUAG